AUGCCAGGAGAGGCUGGAGCAAUAGGUCAGCAAGUAGACUUGCCUGAUCAAACACUGCUGAGGCUGCUACAAACCUUUAAUGUAAACAUUUCUGAGCCCCUGUUCUGGUGUGUAUUGAUGAUGUUUGUCUUCGAACCCUUCCAUAGAUGUGUGAUUGUAGGUCAGGGGCGGUUCCGCAACGUUAUGACUCACCACCUGGGAACAAAAUUGACGUUUCGUAUUUACUGCAUCCUUUCAAUAUCAUACAGCGUUUUGACCUUUUUCCUGUUUCAGAAGGCUGUAAACAGCCAGCCACGUAUGCGAGACCUCCAAAGGAAUGAGGCUCUACUGGUCGGCUACGUGUUUGCACUGGCGGGGUUCAUUAUCAAGGCACAUAUUCAUAUGACCAGCUCCAUAGCCUCAAUAAUGGGAGGUCAGUACUUUGGAAUAGACGUCCCGAGAAAGACGGCUUUUCCUGGCCCGUCCGACCGCUACUACCACCCUCUAGGAACAUCGUCUGUGAUGUGUUACUUCGGAUUAUCUGUCAUCCGAGCUAGUGCGGCUGGAAUACUGACAACCAUUAUUCUGGGAGUUAGCACCAUCUUGGCUAGCCAGUUGGAACGGUGUUACCAUGAGACGGGCGCUAAGGCGAAGCUUCAGCAACGUGCUUCCACUGGUGUACCUGGCUCACUUGGUGACGGCGACCGAAGAGCCGAUUAA